GCGUCCGCGGCUUCUCCGGAGCCCCCGAGUUUGGCGCGUCAGGCCCAGGGGGUCAGACUUUGACUCGGCAAACUGGCCUCCUCGCCCCUCACCAGCCUUCUUCCGAAAUCGCCCCUCAGCCGGCUUCUCGCACUUUAGUAAAGCCUGAGGUCACCUCCGCCUCUCUCACCAGUCCCAGACGCCAACUUUCCUCCAAAGGAGAGGAGAGGGAAAGGCGUUCGGUGCAUGGAGCUUUGCAUAACCGUUCGCUUUCUCCUCCCCAGCCGUCCGAAAGCAGGCAAGCGUGGCUCCAGAACCGAGCUCUCGGUCCGCACACCCCACUCCCGUCCCGACGUGCCGCACGCUCUGCAGCUGAGACGGCCCAGCUCAGCGAGCACCAGCCACAGCCGAAACUCACCCGCCCGCACCCCUCCCCGGCUUACUGCGCCCGCCCGCACCGCUGUCCGCCGCCCAAGGCGAGGUCGCCUGCCUCCCGCCCCCACCCCCCGCCCGACCCCAACCACCCCCGCCCCCCCACCCCGGGUGGCAGGUUCAGGCCCUGGGUCCGAGCCUGAGUCGCUGCAGCUGCCACCGCCGCCGUCGCCGCCAGGGGGAGAGAGUCUCCGUCGGGAAACGGGGGGCUGCUUCUGGGUGUGAAGGUGCUUUCAAACUUUACGGUUUUGUUCCUCUCACCCGGCUUUUGAAGAGCGGAGAAAAAGAUGGAGACCGAGUCGGGGUCGCAAACAUCAAAUCAUACGCAAACAGAUUCCUUGUCUCCAUCCCCCAACCCUGUGUCACCUGUGCCUUUGAAUAAUCCAACGAGUGCCCCAAGAUAUGGAACAGUGAUCCCUAAUCGCAUCUUUGUAGGAGGAAUUGACUUUAAGACAAAUGAAAAUGAUUUAAGAAAAUUUUUUUCCCAGUAUGGGUCUGUAAAAGAAGUGAAGAUUGUAAAUGACAGAGCUGGAGUGUCCAAAGGGUAUGGUUUCGUCACUUUUGAAACCCAAGAAGAUGCACAAAGAAUUUUACAAGAGGCUGAAAAACUUAAUUACAAGGAUAAGAAACUGAACAUUGGUCCAGCAAUAAGAAAACAACAAGUAGGGAUCCCUCGUUCCAGUAUAAUGCCAGCAGCUGGAACAAUGUAUCUAACAACUUCAACUGGGUAUCCUUACACUUAUCAUAAUGGUGUUGCUUACUUUCAUUCUCCAGAAGUAACUUCUGUCCCACCAUCGUGGCCUUCACGUUCUAUAUCUAGUUCCCCUGUGAUGGUAGCUCAGCCCGUUUAUCAGCAACCUGCAUAUCACUACCAGGCACCUGCACAGUGUCUACCAGGUCAGUGGCAGUGGGGUGUUCCUCAGUCCCCUGCCUCUUCUGCUUCAUUCUUAUACCUGCAACCUUCUGAGGUUAUCUAUCAACCAGUGGAAAUUGCACAAGAUGGUGGAUGUGUUCCUCCUCCACUAUCUCUAAUGGAAGCCUCAGUUCCAGAGCCUUAUUCUGAUCAUGGAGUUCAAGCAACAUAUCACCAGGUUUAUGCUUCAAGUGCCAUUGCUAUGCCUGCACCUGUGAUGCAGCCUGAACCAAUUAAAACAGUGUGGAGCGUUCACUAUUAAGACAAUUGGGCAGCUCUAGUCCAACUCAACUGAUUUCUUGUCCAAUGAUCCUUGUGUGGCCGAGAUCCAGCUUCAACGAACCGGCUAGAAGCUGCCCGUUGUGAAAUUUAGGGUUAGUUAAUACCUCACCAUACUUCAUUAUUCCACAAUAAGCUGUCUAAAUUUGAUGCAGUUUGCUUUUUCAGCUGUUCCACAAAAUUAUCAGGUAGAUGUGGCAUGUUGGUUUUUUUAAUGUGUAUUCUAACUGUAGUGACAUUUUCUACAACAUGUUUUAUCCAUUCCAUAAAUAAUAAUCACAUUGGGAAUAGUGAGGUGUCCUUCAUUUUCUCUGCUUUGUAUUAUUUAUUUUCCUCUCAGUCUUCUGGAAGUUAUGUUUCAUAUUCUUUGCUUUUAUUUUAAUAUUUAAGAUGAGAGUCAUUUCUAAUUCUAGUAGAAUUUUUAAUACUUUCAUACCUUUUAGCAUAUAUUAUAUUUAAUCUUAAUGAUUCUGUUUUACCUCUUUGCUAUUUUGUCAUUUUUGUCCAUUUUUCUGUUACUGCUACCUCUUAUUCAACUUUGCUUCUACCAUGGUUUUCAGAAUUUAAAUAGUAUUUAUACUUCUUUUUUUAUAGCAUUUUCCAAACAUCAGAAAUACCAUGAACAUGAUCAGUAUUCUUUCUUUUUCAUAUGAUUAAUUUGACGAUAAUAAAUUUUUCCCUAAUAUUUGAAAUAAUGCUCUAGCCUUCCUAUAACAUAAGCCAUUUGGUACCAAAUUUUAUAUAAUAUGGAUCACUUCAUGGUAUUGUUUUGAUAAAAGAAGGGAUCACCUCUGACAUGAUCCCAUAGUAUUGACAGACAUUUAAUUGUAUUUUAGUAUUCUUUAAAUGCUUUUUUCUUUUUUUUGUCUUUUUGUCUUUUCUAGGGCCACACCCCUGGCAUAUGGAGGUUCCCAGGCUAGGGGUCCAAGCAGAGCUGUAGCCACCGGCCUACGCCACAGCCAAGUCUGCGACCUGUGCCACAGCUCACAGCAACGCCGGAUCCUCAACCCACUGAGCAAGGCCAGGGAUUGAACCCGCAGCCUCAUGGUUCCCAGUCGGAUUCGUUAACCACUGAGCCACGACGGGAACUCCUGAAUGCUUUAAUCUUUUGACCUUUUCUCCUUAUGUUUUACCAGUAUAUUCAAUUAUAUAUGUCAUCAGUUCUUAAAAGGACAGUUAUUUCCAUAAAAAACAAAACUCUUUCUUAUAACAAAGGAACACUUUAAAUUCUGAUUCUAAAGCCAAUCUUAUUAUAAAAUUGGAAAAUAAGUGGGGAGGAAAAGCUGUUGUUCAGAAUUUUAUUUGUAAUAUGAAAAAAAAUCCUUCUUCAAUCUUUUUGCAAUUCUGUCACUGACCACCUAAUUUUAGGAGGUAAGGGGAAAAGUCAUAAAUAUUGACAUUACCCUAAUAAAUCUCUUUCCUCUAUUAUUCCAUGCCCAAAUAUAUUCCAUGCUCAAUAGCAACAGAAAUAAUAAGAGUUGGACCCCAGAGUUUUUCCUGUUAAGUCAAAUAGAGUGUUUCUUUUGAAACCAUGGUGAAUAUGUUUGCCAGUCAAAUGGUUUCAUGAGAAUAGUAGGGCCAUAUAAAUAUAUACUAGCAUACAAGGAUCCCAUGUACAUUAAUUAUUCUGCUUUUAGAAAUGUAAAAAGACUAAAGUCCAACAAUGAAAUUUCAAAAUUUCUGUAAGUAAAAAUUAUUAACCACUGGUAUUAGAGAUCUUCUUUUAAUAGUACUAUCCUUGAGAAAGAAAAAAGUUAAAUGUUUUGAUUUUCAAAAUAUUAAACGUGAUGCUAAACAAAUUCUGAACUGUUAAUAAAAAUUAAUGAUGUAUUAUUGGAUGAGGAAUUUUGCUAAAUUGUAGACAUCCAAGUGUGUUUUUCCACAGAACUAUAUAGAUUAUAUGCAUGCACACAUAUAAUAUAUAUACAUAAUAUGCAUACUGACAUAUACACAUUUUACAUAUAUACAGGCAUAUAAAAUUCAUACAAAUAGACCUUCUUACAAUUUAGCCUUCUUUUGAGAAGCUAAUCGAACCUGUGGAAUUUAUUGCAGCCUAAAUAUAUGGAGGACAUCCUCAACCUUUUUCAUGGCCUAGCUUGAUA